GCGCGCGAAUCCGAGACAUGAGCCGUUGUUGGCGCACGCGCGGCAGCUACAGUAUAGAGGAACCCCGGCUAUACCUGCCCCCCGCCUCGCCACACCGCUCCAACCAAAACACCACUCCAAGUCCUCUGCCAAACGCGCGUGCGUCUGAUUGCGGUGCAUAGUAGCCUCUGCUCUGCUAAAGCUGGGCUUGCGCAGCCGCAACGCGAUCUCCUGGGCCACAGGAUCCGGAAUGAGCUGUGGCCCGACAGCACCGGGCACUACAGCAGUGUGUCACGAUUUCCGCGCGCGUCACUGAUGCACCUUCUUUCCCCACCGCCGCGCGCGACACCUCCUCAAACUCUACCUUGCGUCAACAUCAUGGCGUUUAUCGAAGGCUUGUUUGCUACCACGUGGCGAAUUCUGAGCGUCGCUAACGCUGCAAACAUGUUCAAGAGGAGGUUCACGCGAUUGACAUUGAAUGAUUCACAUUCUCACAAUCCGACGUCCGGAUUUUUCGCGCAGCGCACCUCUUUUGCAUCACUGAACCUCUUACAGCAUCUCUCUGCAACUGACGAGCAUGUCUUGACGACGACUUUUUGAUUCUGAAUUGGUCAAUGAGCCAUCUUUUGCUGCUAGAUUUACCGAAAGUGCAACUGCGCGUAAGGAGGGUAGUGUACUCUGCUCGGGUUCGCUUACCGUCCGUGGCAGGCAAAAGCCUCCAAGUUUCUGAUCAUUCUUGCACCAUUCGUGAUUCAAGUUGCUGUAGCAUUACCCUCACGAAAGUCAACAGCAGUAAGCGCACAGCUAGGGG